AUGGAUCAUGAACCACCGAGAACAAGCAUGAAUUCCUCCAUGUCCAUCUUUCCCUUCUCCAGGCUGUGCAAGAGGAGGUCAGUGGCCGUGUCAGCGUCCGCCAAGGAGUUCCGGAACCCUAACAACCACUCCUCAGGUAACGAAGCUGUCGAUGGCUCCGACGAUAACAAGCCUCAGAUGACGCACAAGCUAUUUGACGCCAUUACUGCGCUUAAGUAUGCGUACGUGCAACUACAGCAAGCACACCUCCCUUACACACCGAAGAAGAUAAAACUUGCUGAUGAAGUCGUGGUCUCUGUGCUCCAGGCACUAUCUGAUCUCGAGGAAAAUUACAGGUCUCGGUCUUCUCUGUCGUUGGAGAUUCACCGACACGAGGAUCUACUGGCACAGCUUCGAUCAAAAUUGCGCAUCAAAGACUUGGAAAUGCGCCGACUGAGGUGUGAAAACGAAAAGCUCGAUGCAGAAAAUGCAGCGCUGGAAAAGUCAGUUAAGCAGAAGUUCUUGCCUAAAAAGAUUUUUCAUCUGAAUCAGGAAAUGUCACCGGCUCUGUUCUUGAACGUCUUCAAUCUCGCAGCAAAAUCUAUCCAUGAGUUUGCCAAGCCACUCAUUAGCUUGAUGAAAGCUUCUGGGUGGGAUCUCCAUCUUGCUGCGAGGUCACUCUACAGCUCCGUCGCCUUUGCCGAAAGGUCACACAAGAAGUAUGCGUUCGAGGCAUAUCUGUCUCAAGUAAUGCUCGAUCCUGCUCCUCUGGAGGAUGAAAGAUUCUCACUGGAUCAAUUAGACGGCGUGAUGAAUUCUCAAGAUCCUUUCGAUUAUCUAAUAGCCGAUCCGGAUUCUCAGUUUGGAAGAUUUUGCCGUUCUAGAUAUGCAUUAGCUGUGCCAUCCAAGAUGGAGGAUUCAUUCUUCGGCAAUCUCGAUCAGAGGUCGUUUGUACUGAGUGACCGGCAUCCGAGAACUCCAUUUUACCAGGCAUUUGUUGCGAUGUCUAGAUGGGCUUGGGCGCUUCAGGUGAUGGCCAACUCCUUCGUUCCAAAGGCCGAGAUGUUUUAUGCCAAGAAUGGGCAGGAAUUCACGAGGGAGUACAUGGAAGACGUGGUGGGUGGCCUUGUUUCUAGCAGAGGGAUGAAGCAUGUUGUCGGGUUCACAGUGACUCCGGGCUUCAGGAUUGCGAGCACCAUUGUUCCCUGCAGGGUCUAUUCCUACAGGAUGAAAGUCCUCCAUGAACAAUUCCAGACUUGA